UUUUUUUUUUUUUUCUGUGCGCGUCAAAGACACAUCGAGUUUCGAGCCAUCGAGGACCGCUUUUUUCGUCCAGCCUUUUCCCCAUUUCCACAGAAACGUAGCUGACCCUAGCCAAAGAUGCCCUCGUUUCCAGGAGCGAUAGCUCUGCUUCUCCUCGGGAUACUGCAGAUCGGCCAUACCGGUCAACCGGUCGACGUAUUACGAGGCGGCCUCACAACCAGCGGCAUCAUCCAGGAGGAGGAAAUCCUUCGCGCGCUCAACCCGAACAAAAGCGCGCCAGGUAAUUUCACCUUCGUCGAGCUGAUCGACAGCGUCGCCCAGCGCUACGACUCGCUCUUUACCGAUACCUCGAGAAUCGGCGCUGGCCAGUCCAGCAAUCCCUACUAUGACAUCCAUAGCGAAAAGAUUGAUCACGAGGCACGAAAUCUUUUUCAAAUCGUGCCACCUUUCGAUCCGGCUGCAGGUCCAGUCAGCGCGGAAUGUAAACUGCAGGCCGAGACUUACCGCAAGGAACUUAACAAGUUCGCUCUGUGGGCCCUUAAAAUGUACGAUGCAACGGCGAAGGUACCAUCGGGUCUUCUGAACGGCAACGUCAACCAACUGGGCGACUUCGAUGAGUGCCUGGGAGCCGAGGGUACCGACGGCAUCCGCGGUCAGUACUGCCUUGCCUACCUGCAGCUUGACGUCGAUCAGUCGCGUACCGAUCUCAGGCACCUGCAUCGAUUGCUGCACUCGCACUACGCCUUUCGCAGCAACAUUAGCGACCCGGGGCAUCGGGUGCCGCGUUUCGGCACAAUUAAUUGGGCGGUGUGCGCGCCCUCGGCCUGCACUCCCCGAGACGUCGAGGUGUCCCUCAGGCAUGUGCUGGCCGAGCACACCGAGGAGACCGGCCUCAAAUUCACGGUCAAGGUCAACGCGGACAUGUGCCAAGUACGGAGGACCGGUUCCCUGCCACUCGAGACCAUCGUCGUUGGGCUGUUCUUCGUGGGUAUAGCAGCGCUAUCGGUAAUCUCGGGGUUGUGCGACCACUACGGAGUGCCGAUCGGCCAAGCCGCGCUGGCCUUUUCCCUGAAGCGCAACGUUUUGAAGCUCGUGUCGCUCGACAGGGACGAAAGUGACAUCGCCACCUUGCACGGCAUACGCGCCCUCAACGCGUUCAUGCUCGUGCUGGCUCACAAGAGCUUGGCGAUAUUUUUCAACCCUUACGUCAACCGUACCGAUAUGACCGAGUACAUCGGCAAGCCGUGGACGGUGAUCGGCCGAGCUGCCAGUCUCUAUACCGAUCCCUUCAUCAUGCUCUCGGGACUACUCACUGCUUACUCGUUCGUUGGAAAGCUCAACAGGACCGGCAAGUUGGACGUGACCAACGAGUAUCUCAGCAGACUGUUCAGGAUAGUGCCGACACUGGGGGCUCUCGUUUUGUUUUGCACCUUCGUGAUGCCGUACAUCGGCUCCGGGCCCCAGUGGAACCUCGUGGUCACGCAUCACGCGGACAUCUGCAAAAAGACGUGGUGGCGAAACUUUUUGUUCAUCCACAACUACUUUGGAUUCGAGAAAAUGUGCCUCACGCAUACGCACCACGUGGGCAUCGACACGCAGCUGUUUUUCCUGUCGCCGCUGCUGGUGCUCGCGAUCUACAAGAGGCCCAAGAUCGGUAUCCCCCUGCUGGCUAUCCUCGCCGUUGCCUCGACCGCGCUCAGGUUCUACGUCACCUAUCAUUACCGCCUCAACAAUUACAUAUUCUUCGGCACUUCGAUACGCCAGCUUUUCGACACCGCCAACUUGUCGUACAUUUUGCCGAGUCACAGGCUGACGGUGUACGUAAUAGGUGUCCUUGCGGGCUACGUGUUGAGAAAGUGGCCGAAAAAUGAAAAAAUCAACGAUAAAAUACUGAAGGUGGGAUGGUUCCUUUGUAUAAUGAUGUCGAUCGGUGCCUUCUUUGGACCCGCUCGUAUGGGCUCGAUGGAUUACGUGUACAAUCCGGUGCACGCGGCGACGUACAACGCUUUCGCGCCGAUCGGCUGGUGCGGCAUUUUCGUUUGGGUGACAUUUCUGGCGCACACCGGCAACACCGACGGCUGGCUGAGCAAGGCGUUUGCCUGGCGGGGAUUCCUCGUCACGACGAGACUGAGCUACGCCGUUUACCUCACGCAGUUUCCCGUGUUUUUCUUCAACGUCGGGGCAACUAGGUGCGCCGAACACAUCGGCUUCCUCACGACGAUGUUCAACGUGAAGGAGUUCAUUUGGAUCAUACUGACAGCGGUCGUCCUGACGCUCCUGUUCGAGACGCCCUUCCAAAAUCUCAGGAACUACUAUUUGAAGCGACAGCGAGCCUUGGUUUCGCAAAGCACGACGACGACGAGACGGACUGUGGAGGGGAAAAAAAUCGACUAGGGCGUAACGAUGAAAGGCUCGACGAUGACUGAAAUGGCGACGGUGUGAUCGAACUACUUUUACAUACGUUAAUGUUGUGAAAUCAUGUUUUAAUGCAAGACUCCCUGGUAUAUACGGUGGUUCGUGAAGUUUAAAGGGACUGUGGAGAUGAUCAAUGUAUUUUCAAUUUAGGUCUGCGUGCGCUUUUGGAUCACGACAGUCGGUCAUGUAAAUAAAUUCGAACCAUUGCGAGGUUUUUGGUAAAAGUUGAGUAUAUUUUUUAUAAGCUGAGAAACGCAAGGUUGAAACAUAUUUUCUUAACUGAGCAUUGAUUUUUGCUCCUCAAUCGUGACAAACAAAGUUAAAAUAGAAUUUGAUGUGAUUGCACGUGAUUAUUGCACCGUCUUCUAUAUUUUUACCAAAAGUGAAAGCUCGACAAGUGCGGUUGCUUGCCCUCGUAUACAAUGUAUAUGAAAGUCAUAAGCAUAUUUAUAAAUUUUAAAGGGUCAGUAAGCUAUAGGUAUCUUAAAUUUUUUACUGUAAAUAAUUGUAUUUCUUAUCAAUUUACAUUUUUAUAAAAACAUUGUAUGAAAAUCUCACAAUGCUGUCAA